AUGAAUGAUAUAUUUGCUAUACCGUUUAAGCGCGCCCUUCAAAUUAAUUUGAAAGAUGCGUUUACCGUUGUAAUAAACAACACUUUUUACCAAACAGCGGCAUCGGUAGAGGCUGAUUUAACCCAACUUGACAAAUAUAGGGAUGUUUUAUUCCAUCUGGACGUUUGCCAAGCUGACUUAAAUAUGUUGAAACAAUACUAUAUGGCUCUCAAAGCUAUUGCUGUCAAGCUUCCCGAUGACCAGGUAGAAUUCACCUGGUUUAAUACACUCGGAUUAAAGUCUUCGGGUAUGACACGAAACAGUCUCCGGUUUGAAACAUUUAAUGUGUUAUACAAUAUUGGGGCUAUGUAUUCUUCACUUGCAGUUGAGCAGCGGUUAGAAAGCACAGAAGGUCUGAAGGAAAGCUGCCGUCUUUUUAAACUAUCUGCGGGUUGUUUUAAAUUUAUCUAUGAGCAUGAAGUCAGUAACAACUUCAAAUUCUUCGAUGAAUACACUCUGAAUGCUCUCGUUUCUAUGAUGUUAGCACAAGCGCAGCAAAUGGUUUGGAAAAAGGCAUGCUUUGAUGAUAUAGAAAGACACUCCAUUCUUUCGCGAUUGGCCUUGCAAGUAGCUUUAUUUUAUCAAACCGCUUCGAAGAAUUCAAAUUGUAGUCCUUAUAUCAGGACUGAUUGGGUAAAAAGUCUAACCUCAAAGUCCCACUAUUUCAUGGCAAUAGCAUACUACAGAUCUGGAUUGCAUCAGGUACAGAAACAAAAUUAUGCUCAAGGUAUAUGUGAUUUUCAAUAUGCAUUGACAUGGAUUAACAAACUUUCUUUGGAUGAUGAACUUACCGAAUGGAGAGGAGAAGUGCAAGCGUUACUUGAAUCGGCAGAGAGAGAUAAUGACCUUAUUUAUUUACAGGCAUCAGUGCAAAAUCCCUCCAAAGUAAAACCAGUUAUGAUGGUGCAAGCGGAUCUUUUCGAUGAGAUUGAGAAAAAAGAUGGCAAUAUAUUCAAGAACUUAUUGCCGAUUGAUGUAUUGGAAUCUUGUAACGCUUUCAAUGAGAGGGUGGAGACAUACGUAAAAGAGCAUAUCUCGAAUCCCCUUGAAUCAAUGAACAAACUUUUGAUCUCGAAUACACCGCAAUAUAUGGACUUUAAAUCAUAUUACAUAUCAGAGCAGGAAUGGAAUUCAUACAGCGACUCAUUGCAAGACCUUGAACAAUUGCGAGCAUAUGUUGCAGGUGAAUUGAAAUUAUCUGAGUCUAUUUUACAGAAGGACAUCCAAGAAAAUGAGCAAAUGAUUCGAGAACAUGGCCUGCUGCGGUGGAAGAUUCCUUCUAAAGAUAAGAAAAUCGAGAGUCUGUUGGCAGACUUAACCAAUAUCCGUAAUUAUAUUGAAAAUGGUAUGAAAGUAGAUACAGAGACAGCGUCUCUUUUCAAGACUUUGGAUCAUGAUUUGGUAACCAACGUCAGUCAACCACCUGAAUCUAGUGACCCUAUUAUGAAAGAAGCAUCCUUGAUAUUGCAAGGAAGAAAGAAUCACAUACUAGCGGCAGAACGCAAGAUAAUUGAAAACCGUCUCCUUCCUAAAAUUGUAUCAUAUUAUAAAAAGACAGGAUCUAAAGAUUUUGAACCUGUCUUUCAAGAACAUAUCCGAAUGUUUGAUGGCGAUUUGCUGCAGGUACAAAAGGAAAAGGCUAAAAAUAAAGAAAUGCUGACUAAAGUAACGCUAUCCUCACCAGAACAGGUUCAAAUCUCCAGAAAUGAUCCACGUACUCUUUACUUGGAAGAACUUAAACAUUCAUCCAAUGUGUUGAGUGAGUUAAAAGAAAAUAUCAUUUCCGGCAAACAAUUUUAUCAGGAUUUAAUUACGGCAUUAGAAUCCAAACUGAAAGAAAUCGAAGAUUACGUAAAUGAACGUAAGCUGCAAAGAACUGAACUAAAUGAUACCCUACUAUGUGACACUAAUGAGAGUUGA